GCUUUUCACAGAGCGCCGCCGUCGACGUUUGCCGCGUUUAUUAUUCGAGUUUCGUUUACGAAUUCACCGCCUCAGCGCGACAACGCCCGCCGCGCGACAACGCCCGCCGCGCGUCGCCGUGGGGCUUAGGCCGCGACGAAGCCUCGCGCUCACCUGGGAUGUGCUACCGGUGGAAGCGGGAGGCUCCGGGCAGGGCCGGGCGACGCCCCCGGCCUGGCCGGCCUCGCAGUUUCUAUUCGUGCCGCUUUUGUUUUUUACGUCUUUAAAACCGUAGCGCCAAUGCGAACGCGUUGUUGUACGCGCGUGUUGGUGUGCGCUCGUUUUGAGUAAUUGACGGUGAUUUUGUUGUGUUUUUUUUAAACUACGUGGGGACACGGCUGAGAUUCGCGUCUUGCGACUGAGCAGCUGAGUUUCAACCACUGGCGAAGACACGUGACGGCGGUGAGGACCUAUGGUGAGGGUACAGCGGUGAGGGUGUGCCAGCCUCGUCCCCCCGGUGCCAGAAGUGGUGUCCCGCCAACGCCUACGUGGAUACUGUGACACUGACGGGUGGACGCUGUGACCGGUGGACGCUGUGAUGAGUGGGUGGCGUGACAGGUGGCUGGUAUGACGUUUGGACGGUGUGGCAUUUGGGCGGUGUGACGAGUGGACGGUGUGAAAUGUGGCUGGUGUGAACGACGGUGUGACGCGCGUGUUUGCUGUGACACGGGAGCGAGGGGAGCGGCAGACUGCGACACCAUGGCAACCGCCACAGACGACGAGGACGACCCUAUCGUCGAGGAGAUCGACGUGUACCUGGCUAAGGGGCUCGCUGACAAGCUCUACCUCUUCCAGUACCCAGUGCGGCCCGCGGGCAUGACGUACGAGGGCACGCCACGCCUCGCCACGCGCAUCAAGCCCAAGCUGCAUAAGGUGGAGCUGGAGCUGGGCAUCAACGUGACGAGUCCCAACUACUCGCGCAGCAAGGGAGAGCAGAUCGCGCUCAACGUGGACGGGGCCCACGGGGACGAUGGCAGCGGCUCCUGCACCUACUCCACGAAGCUGAUGGACAAGCAGCUGCUGUGCUCCAGUCAGACGCCGGGGAGCGCGUCGCGCUACGCCAUCGCCCUCUACCGCAGGGGCGAGCUGCACGUGACGCCGCUCCAAGGCGUCUUGCAGCUGCGUCCCAGCUUCUCGUACCUCGACAAGGCCGACUCCAAGCACAAGGACAAGGACGCCGCCCAAGACGGCGACUCGUCCCAGGAGGAGGCCGAGGACGAUGUCAAGCAAGUGACGGUGCGGUUUGCGCGACCGGAGAGCGACCGCGCCAAGCAGCGGCGGAUGCAGUCGUACGAGUACAUGCAGCAGAAGCAGGCGGAGGAGCCGUGGUUCAACCUCCGCCACCACGGACUCAAGGACGGGCGCGCGGACCACGAGCGACAGUACCUGCUGGCGCAGAGCGGCAUGAUGGAGGCGUGCGAGCUCAUGAAGACGCCCAAGGAGUACCUCUCCAUGCUGAUGCCUCCCGUGAAAGAGGAGACGUUCGAGGUGGCGGUGGCGCCCAGCAACGUCAUGUCCAUGGCUCAGCUGCGCACGUUGCCGCUCGGAGACCAGGUGAAGACGCUCAUGAAGAACGUGAGGGUGCUUCAGUUCUCGCAGCUGAUGUCGCUGCUGAGCCCUGGGCUCGACUCGGUGUCUGUGCUGCGCAGCGUGCAGCAGGUGGCCCUGCUGGUGCAGGGCUGCUGGGUCGUCAAGAGCGAGGUGCUCUACCCCAAGGACUCGCUGAGCCCCCACAGCGGGAUUCCCGGCGAGCUGCUGUGCCGCGGCCGUGACUUCGUCAUGUGGAGGUUCACGCAGGAGAGGAUGCUCCUGCGCAAGGACGUCGCCGGAAUCAUCAAGCUGGCCCCCGACGACGUGCGCGAGAUCUUCCAGCAGGUGGCCGUGUCGCGCAUCGGCCUGGGCUGGGAGUUCAUGCAGCCGCGCGACGACGACUUUGUGCGGAGGCACGCCGACGUGGUGCAGCGGCAGACCAUGCUGUGGGCGGGCGUCCAGGCGCGGCUCGAGAAGGCGUACGGUCUGAAGAAGGAGGACAUGCUGCCCAAGAAGCCAGAGGCACCGCCGGCGGGGACCGUGGUGACGGGGGAGGAGCGGCUCAGGCUGGCCAGGUCAAAGAUCAUGGAACACAAGGAGAAUCUGGAACAGACCUACAAACAGCGGAAUUCCCAGAAUCCCACGAGGCAGACCCACAAUGCCGUGGAGGAGAGCGGCGGCGUGCGCGUCAAGGAGGAGCGCGCCAGCGAUGUCGAGGAUGCGGAACCGAUGGACGUGGACGGCUCCAACGGAGCGCCGGCCCUCGCCAACGGAGAGCACGGCGCCCCGGGGGAGUCGGCGGCGGCGGCGGCCGGAGCCGAGACCCAGCGGCGCGAGCUCCGGGCGUUCGUGCGAGCACGCCUCGCCGAGCACACGGUGCUGUCGCUGCGCGAGCUGCGCCGGCUGCUCGACCGCCACCUGGCGGCGCUGGCCCCGGGCCACGUGCUCGGCGCCGGCGUCUCCCCGCUCAUGCUGCAGGAGGCGGCGCUGCAAAGCGGCGGCCGGCAGAUGCACGUGCAGAUUCCGCCGCAGUUCCUCUCGGACGCCAACAACGACAAGGUGUUCGUGAACUGGAACGCGGGGGACGCUCACGAGAAGCCCCGGCAGGUUCUCCUGGAGAUGUUCAAUGAGAACUACCGGCUGAAGCGCCCGGCCAUCCAGUCACGGCUCGCACUCGCCGGAGGAUCCGAGCCGGACAAACCGACGCUUGACAAGCUGCUGAAGGAGUGCUGCGUGAGCCGCAAUGGGAUGUGGUACCUGAAGGGAACGACUCCGUCAUGACAGCAGCCGUCCCCUCGGGGUGCGAGGAGGGGGGGGGGGGUCGGGAGGAGCGUGGGUGAGGAGUGCAGGUGAGUGAGGUGUGGCCGUGAAACCCGGGGAUUGGCCUCAGCCCAAGGCACCGUGGUCAAGUUGCCACUUGGACAUGUCAUGGUUGAAGAGAAGAAUAUUUCACAAUACUGGAAUAGUGGAGAACUGCAUGCGUAUGCACUGCCUCGAUGGCUGUGUUAUUAUUAUUAUUGUUGGUGCACAGUCAUCAAAAAUGCGCUGUGACCUUUACGGACCCGGGAAGACUUACAGAUUUGCCAGGACGGCCACAUCAAAAAUAAAAAAGAACGAUUCUGGCAAAUCCAGGACAGGUGCCACAUGGCCUCCCUGGACUCCCAACGGCCAUCGUCAUC